AUGGUGGAUGUACACUAUAAUAUGGUGGAUGUACACUAUAAUAUGGUGGAUGUACACUAUAAUAUGGUGGGUGUACACUAUAAUAUGGUGGAUGUACACUAUAAUAUACUGGAUGUACACUAUAAUAUGGUGGAUGUACACUAUAGCAUGGUGGAUGUACACUAUAAUAUGGUGGAUGUACACUAUAAUAUGGUGGAUGUACACUAUAGCAUGGUGGAUGUACACUAUAAUAUGGUGGAUGUACACUAUAAUAUGGUGGAUGUACACUAUAAUAUACUGGAUGUACACUAUAACAUGGUGGAUGUACACUAUAAUAUGGUGGAUGUACACUAUAACAUGGUGGAUGUACACUAUAAUAUACUGGAUGUACACUAUAAUAUGGUGGAUGAACAGUAG